CAAAGCAUCAGCAUUUCGAUUUGAAGGAUCCUCUACGAUGCGUGACAAAGGUAUGUAAAGUCGAUUUCUUUUUCGUGGAUGAUAAAGAUGUACGCCCCCGCUUCCUUUUUCACGGCCCCGAGUACCUACAGAAGGAUAUCCCCGAGUACCUACAGAAGGACUACUCAGGGUACCCGAGGAUAAAGCUGUGCCUUCUCCUCUUCAUCCAGUACCAAGUCCGCCAAGGACUCGUGAAACUCCUGCGCGAUUUGGGUCAAAUUUCUGGAGAAUUUCUGGUAGAUUGCCCCCCUGUAAAUGUUCCGGAUGUAGCCCAUGCGCCGGAGAAUUAUCGGGUCCUGCCCCGACUGCGCCUUGUACGAUUCUGCGAUCACAGCGGCGCCGCGAGGGGACACAUCGACACCGGCGAGGGGGUGGGUGGCGUUUUUACCGUUAGUGGAAUUACCUCCAUCAGCAGUUGCUAGUUCCGCUGCUGCGACGGCUGUCGCUUGCUCCUGUUGUUCCUUUAAUAGCUGUUCCUGUUGCUCUUUUGCGGCAGUACUAUCGAAGAGAUGUUUGUAAUACUGCGUUUCAAACUGGGAUAUGGUGCUCUCCUCCUCCCGCAACGCUUUGAUCUGUCGGAUGAAAGGAGCUUCCUCUCCUCUAGAAGUUGCCGUGUCAGGACCAGGAGCACUUCCACCAUUAACAAUCUCCUGCAGCUCCCGCCUUCUCUGCUCCAGCCGCGCAACCAACUCUCUCGGCGCCCACCGGUCUGUGUGUUUGCCGAGCCCGACGGCGUUUGUCCGGUCCUCCGCGCGGAAAAAGAAUUCUUGGUACUGGGCAUCUUGUUCGUCAUACGCAGAGACGAAGAAAUUUAUUGGGUUGUGCAUAAUCUUCCCCACGCCGGCGGGCAGGGGAGCGUCGGGCGUGGCGGUGGAAGUAUUCGUCGAGCUCGCGGCGCCGUCUAUCGACACAGUAUUUUUAUCGUUGCCUUCUUGCGUGGUAGCCAAAUCUGUGUUGCUUGUACCAGCACUGUCUGUUGCUCCUGCCGUAGCAGCUACAGGAGCUCCUUGGCUCUUCAGCGCUCCGGUUCCCGAAACCGAGGUGUGAAUGAAUUGCGCAGUACUCGUAGUACCUUGCGGUGGUCCUCCACUUCCGGGUUGUACACCUGCUGGUGGAGCGCCGGGUGGUUGUCCACCUGUAGUCUUGUUCUGCUGGUAAAUCAGCUCCGCCGUGCUUUCCAAAUGGUCGUAGACAUCGUAGCCCUCCUUUAAGUGGUAAUUGUACCCGUGCAACCACGAUUCCUGAAACGUGUUCGUCAGCCAGUGCGCCGGAAACGUCCCCCCCUGCACGGAUUCCCGCCUCGCCGACCCGUAGAACAGAAAGAAAGACGGGUGUUCCGGCGAAUUUUCCGCGUAGCACUCCUCUGGCAGCUCCACGAUCUCGACCCGGGAAAGCUCCCCCCAAAUUUGUCGCUCUUCUUCCCACUCGAAAAUCUCCUUGCUAUCGUAGAUGGCUCUGCUAGCCUCUUUUUCCACAUAGAAGGCAUACGCACAACUACGUCGUACUUAGUAGCAGACGUCGAUGGUUGUACCAAGAAACCCACAUCCAAUGCUGUACACGUCAUCCUCCACAUCUGUACAACAACUGUUCUUCGUUCUAAAUUCUAUACUUGUAGUGGCACGGGCACCUACCCGCUAUUGAAUUUUGCCCAACAUAGUACCAACACAGAACUCCCCGAGUACUUACAACCGGACGAGCAGGGGCUCCUGAAUUGGAUGUCUUCGAUGUCUCUGGUGGUGACAAAACACACGAAAAAGCCACGACUGCGCGCAGUUACUUAACUUAUCAUCACACGAAAAAGCAUGAUACGCACCAUACCUAACGACAGAAGCACCUUUGUAAAAACGACCAUGACCAGCAGAAGCAGGUGUCUCUUUGGUUCAUUUUCAAGAUUACAACUAAGAAGUACAAAGCGACCGACGAACCCCCAUGAACGAAUGGAACCACGCAGCGCCUGGCGUAGUUCACACCAGAAACCUUUAUACGAUGUGAAAUAUCGACAUUUUCCGGGGGAAUAACUUUGUUUGAACGGUAUCAAUUCGGCGUUUGAUGCGAGGCAGAAAGGCGGUUUUUCUGUCGAGCACGGUAUGAAGUAAAAU